AUGGGGAAAUCGCGCCCUACCCCAAAACCCACGAGUUUGAACAUCGUCCCCUACCCCGAUACCCACGAGUGUGAAUAUUCCCCCUACCCCGAGAUCCACGGGUGUGAAUAUCUCGCCCCUACCCCAACACCCACGAAUGAGAAAAUCGCGCCCUACCCCAAAACCCACGAGUUUGAACAUCGCCCCCUACCCGGAGACCCACGUGUGGGAACAUCGCCCCCUACCCCGAGACACACGUGUGUAAAUAUCGCGUACCUUACACCGAGACCCACGAAUGGCAAUAUCGCGCCCCUACACCGAGGCCCACGUGUGCGAACCGCGCCCCUUACCCCGAGUCCCACGUGUGUGAAUAUCACGCCCCCUACCCCGAGACCCAUGAGUGUGAAUAUCGCGCCCCUACACCGAGGCCCACGUGUGCGAACCGCGCCCCUUACCCCGAGACCCACGGAUGUGAAUAUCGCGCCCCUUACACCGAGCCCCACGUGUGUGAAUAUCACGCCCCCUACCCCGAGGCCCGCGUGUAUGAACAUCGCUCCCUACCCGGAGACCCACGUGUGUGAACAUCGCACCAUACCCCGAAAACCACGAGUUUGA